CCUAGGUAUCACGUCCUGUGACCACAGACUUGCCAAGUAGUCUCCUACUCCUCUGAGCCAUUUCUGUAGCUUCUCAAACGCACACGAAGGCCUUUCUCGCCAAGGGUGUGGCCGAAACUACAUCUCCCGACAGGCAGCCUUGUUCCUUCCUUCCUCCUGGCCCUGGCCCGAUCCCUGGCAACAGCGUGACGUGAGGGUACCGGGAGCUGCGGUCACGGCUUCAGUUCUAGACUACCCGGCCGCCCGGGCGCGAGCAGGGAGAGAGCAGCCGCAGCCCCACGCCGCCCCACGCCGCCCCGGCGCCCCGUGGCGCCGAGCACGAGCCCGCCGGGCGGCUCUUCCAGCGACCCCUCCUUCCGAGAGAAGGGGGCGCAGCCAACCACAGAGCCCACAAGGCCAGAGAGGGUCGCGCGCAUGGCCUCUGCGGGCGCGCGGCGGUUCCCAGCCGGGACGCGCGCGGCGGCCCAACGCUGCUGCGGCCUCUCGCCCCGCCCGGGCGCGCUCCCGGCCCCGCCCCCCGGCCCUCCGCUACCUCCGCGACCAACGAGGUUUCUGAUUUCCUGCAGCCUCCUCCUGCCCCGGGCUGCCCAAGUCUUGGCGGCUGAAGCUGGCCUGCCUCUCAGUCGUUCCUUCAUGGGUUUUGCUGCCCCUUUCACCAACAAACGAAAGGCUUACUCGGAGCGUAGGAUUAUGGGGUACUCAAUGCAGGAGAUGUAUGAGGUGGUGUCCAACGUCCAGGAGUAUCGGGAGUUUGUGCCCUGGUGUAAGAAGUCUCUGGUGGUAUCCAGCCGUAAGGGUCACCUGAAGGCCCAGUUGGAGGUUGGCUUUCCACCUGUCCUGGAACGUUAUACCUCUGCAGUUUCCAUGGUCAAACCUCACAUGGUCAAGGCUAUUUGUACAGAUGGAAAGCUCUUCAACCACUUAGAGACUAUUUGGCGAUUCAGCCCUGGUAUUCCUGCCUAUCCCCGAACUUGCACUGUGGACUUUUCGAUUUCCUUUGAAUUUCGAUCUCUGCUGCACUCCCAGCUGGCCACCAUGUUCUUUGAUGAGGUUGUCAAACAGAAUGUUGCUGCCUUUGAGCGCCGGGCAGCCACCAAGUUUGGUCCAGAAACAGCCAUCCCCCGUGAACUGAUGUUCCAUGAGGUGCACCAGACUUGAGGCAAAGGAUUGCUCCCCUAGCCUCUUCUGUACUCCCUCUUCCCACUAAAUUCUUAUUUAUUUAGUUUGGCUCCUGAUCAAAUGUGAGAGGAGUCAAUGUUCAUAAUACUGUUCUUCCUCUUAAUUCCCUAAAAAUUGGCUGGGAAUGUUGGGGGAAAAGGCAAGGGGUAUGGAAAUGAGACAUGGCUAGGGUCAGGCUUAUCCUGAAAACCUCCAUAUCCGCUAAGCCUUUUCACACUGAAUUGGAACCAGGACUGUGGUUGUCUCUGGGCCCUGUCGGGACAACUUAAUAUCUGACCAGAAGACUUUUCCAAGGUUUGAAUAAAUAGAGCUUUUCCUCUGGCACAGAGGUACUGAGUAGUAAGUAACUUUCACCCUACCUGAGGUUCCUCAGUUUGAGUAUUUCCAUGCAGUCUGGCAAGUAGAGUGAGGAUGGUGCACCAUCAGUGCCACAAGAUGGAGGAAAUAAAAAGCACUGAACAGAGUUGCCUUUGUACUUUUGGGUCGUACUGUAUUCUUCCAUGUGGCCUGAGUUUUUAUAAGAUGUCAAUAAACUGUGACAGUGUGAAUUUGCC